UCCCACACUAUAAACACAUGAGAUAAUGUUACUUGUGCUUUGGUCAGAGUUAAGGAGAAACUGACCUUAACUAUAUGCUAAUCGCAUUUCAGCUAGUCAGUCUACUUUGACCUUUGACCUAACUGCAUAGUUAAGUCAUGAGUUUUAUUGUUGCGACAGAGCCUAUGCAAAGAUACCAGGCUAACUUCCUGUAAACAACAAAAGCGACAAAAAGUUGCUACAUUCCUGUUUUGUUAGAAAGACAGGAGACAGUAUAAUUGAUGUAAAUAUGUAAAAAUUGUGUAUGUUUCUGUGUCUUGUGUACUGUUUGUUUGUAUAUGUGUCUUUCUUGCUGCUGUUACACCCAAAUUUUCCCUUGUGGGACAAUUAAAGGAUCAUUUUAUUCUAUUCUAUUCUAUAUGGGUUAAAUGGCUAACUAGUGACACAAACCAUAUGUGGCCUUUGGGGACUGUUACUAUCUUGCUAAAAAGAAUCUCACUUGUUUUACCUCAUCCUAACGAGCUUGUUGUCGUUUAAAAUCUCUUUUUCUUGAAGGUAUGCGUAUACAUGUACGUACAUUCAGAUUCCGCAUUGUUGAGUACACUUUGAGUCAACUGGCUUGUUUUCAUCUGUACCAGCCUUGAAUGUAUACUAUUAGUUCAACUGUAAGUAACCAAGGAUGGUGCAGCUUGGCUGUCGGUGCAUGAGAACUCGACUGAAUGUGCUUAUACUGGUUUUCUGCAGCAUACUGCUCCCCUUGCCUACAGAUGCCUAUAUAUAUGCUCAUUAUAGCAAUAUUACCAAUAUAUUUGAGGACCGCAUUGCUUUGUUUGGAUCUGCACUUCCAAAGGAUGGAAUAAUGGGAGUUUUGGUUGCCUCUCAUCCAGCUAAUGCUUGCACAACAAUAGACCCUCCCCCACCACUGCCCCCAUCUUUUAAUGCCACAACUACCAAAUUUGUUGUUCUCAUCAAACGUUAUGACUGCAACUUUGAUAUAAAGGUUUUAAAUGCACAGCAAGCUGGAUACGAUGCCGCAAUCGUUCACAACAUUUAUUCAGAAAUUCUGCUCAAUAUGAACUACAGCAAUGAAACUAUUGCAGAGCAGAUUAAUAUUCCCUCUGUAUUCACCAGCUACUAUGCCUCGCACUUUCUUAGGAAUUACAUAAUUCCGGAACAGGGGGCGUAUGUGAUUCUCAAGCCAGACUUUCCUUUUCCGCUUUCCUACUACCUUAUUCCCUUCACCGGAGUAGUGUGCCUGAUCAUUCUUGUGAUGUCUGUUGUUUUCAUUAUACGAUGUGUACAAUACAGAAAAAGGCUGAGGAAAAAUCGUUUGUCCAAGGAACAGCUGAAACGCAUUCCAAUACACAAGUUCAGUAAAGGGGAUGACUAUGAUGUGUGUGCAAUAUGUCUGGAUGAGUAUGAAGAAGGGGACAAGUUGCGUGUUUUGCCUUGUUCACAUGCCUAUCACUGCAAAUGUGUAGACCCGUGGCUCACACAGACCAAGAAGACGUGUCCAGUGUGCAAACAGCGCGUUACCCGCAACAACCCUGAGCAGUCCGAGUCUGAGUCUGAGACAGAAACUGGAGGACGUGGAGAGGAAGAAGGACCAGAGGGUGACGCAGACUCGGAGCGCACUCCUCUGCUUCGACCCUCCAACCCGGGGUCACCCACAGGAAGCCCAGGGGCCUACUCAGCCACCACCACCACAACUACCGCCCAGUGCCUCACCUCCCCUGCACACUGCAACUCACCCAUCCUAGGUUAUGAAGGUUACUACUCACCGGCGGAGGACACAGACUCAGAAAGUGAUGACACAGGAGAGGGCAGGCACCACUCUGACGAUGACACAGCUCAGCUCAUUGGUAGGGACUGAGAGGAGAUCUGAUGGCCAGAAAUGAGCUACAAUGAGAUUAUUUAGUUUGACCAGAAGGACAAAAAAAGUUUCUAUCCUCAUAAGUAUUGUUAUUGGAAAAAAAAAUUAAAUUGUUUUCAGAUUUGUGGCUAGCUUGACAGUUAGUUCACUGAUUUAGUGCUGAUUGUUAAAAAUCUGUCACCCAAUAACCAGUGUAGUUCUUUCAAGUGUCAUAACAAACGCAGAACCUGCGGUUGGUCAGUUUUACCAAGUGCAAUGUUGAGCAUAAACCACUGAAAUCCACACAUUUACUGUAAUCCAUUAGCUUUCAAGCAUGAUGUCCGCUGUAACUGGAUCCCUAGUGCAGUACAAAAUGUCCAGAUCACUUACCGAUCCAUUUUUAGGCAAGAGUGAAAUGUCCGUAGAUGACGUCUUCGUGGCCAAAGUUGUGCAAAAAUGGGAUGGGAUCUUACCUUGUGCAAGGUUCUGUUUAGGAUUAGUAGAGUAUGAAGGAUUUAUGUUGUCUUAAAAUUAAUAAUUCUUAUCUUUUAUUUUUUUUCUAACAAGGAUAAUGGGGUGAUAUUUGUCUUCUUUUUAUAUUGUAAUACCCCUAGUUCUGUUUUCACACAUUUUAACUUUGCAUCCAAGUUUUCUGAAAUAUGAGAAGUUAAUAUUGAAUUAAGUCACAGUAAAAUAUAGGAGAUAUGUAACGUUACUGCUGCUUUUACAUUGUUAAUACUCUGCGGUUGUGGACAGUUUAAGGAAACUAUUUUUUAGCUUUAUACAGUUUGUUGAUCAAACUCAGGUUUACACUCCAAUAAAUUGUCGGUGGCGAUAAGAAUAAGGUAAUGGGGUUGUGGUCUUGUAAAGUGUUUUAGCGUUUUUCCUCGAAUCUGUUUAAAUGUAUGUAAUUAAGUUUUUUCUUCUUUCAUUUUUUUUUUUGUUUUUAUUUUUUAUACAACAAAAUAGAAAAGAAAAAAUUGUAGAACAAUAAUGUGAGAAACUGGGACACAGGUGGUGGUUUUAGGAAAAGCAGAGCAUUGCCUUCUACUGGCCUUCAUCUACAUGUCUGUGUUAAAUGUUUGGAAAUUGAACAAAAUUGAUUGAUUGACUCUCCACCCACACUGCUCUUAUCGAGCUGUCUUUAAGACUGCUGUUUGGAAAGCUUGCAUCUUAUUCAUCAGUGUGAACAUCUGUCGGUGUGUUUUUCUUUUCUUUUUUUAAAUAAUCAAAAAUAAAAUGCUUUCCACAUGUUUGGCUCCUGUAACGAUAACGUAAGCUCGCAUAGUCAUGCUUGAUUUGCACCUGAAAGCCGAGCAGCUGUGGUUUGAUUCUCCACUUUCUGAGAUGACCUUGGUGAGGUCUUUGCCCUUGAUGUUUUUCAAAGAGACGUACAGCUGGAAACCUUUUAAAUCUGUUUCUGAAUGAAUAGGGCUGUCAUAUCAAUACAUUCCUUCAUUACUGACUAAAAGACUCGACACUUCUAAGAUCUCUUUGGGACUUGUUUGCAAUAGUCUGUAUUGUAAAAUAUAGAAACUCCUCCUUUUUACAAAAUACUUAAACUAUCUUUUGUACUGUACUUUUUUUUUUUUUUUGCUCUUUAUGUCUCAGUUUUAGAGACUGUUCACCGAAACACACAAACAUUAUAAUGCCCACUCGUUUUUUCGUUCUUUGUUCUUUGUUUUUUAGACUGUGCCUAGGUUAUCAGACUUAAAUAAUAAAUGUAUUGUGUCAAGUGUAAUUUCCAUGUGUAAAGCAGGAUUGGGAAUCUUUCAGAUGUUGAAACACUAUCCGUGAAAAGCUGCAAUAAAGAUCUUGUUUGUGGAAGGGUUGGUGAUAUUAAAGUAGGACUGUGUUACUGUUCAUUUAAAUGAGAACACUUAAGUAGAUCUUCCUUACAAAUGGUUAUUGACGUGAUCAUUUUAUUAAUAAAGCCACUUGAAAAGUUUUGACUUUGUUACUUUGUUAUUAGAACACCUGCUAUCUUUUAUAAAUAUUUGCAAUAUAGUAAGGUCAGUAAUGUAUUAUAAUAAUAUUUAAACCAUGCUUUUAUCAGCUGAGCUGUUCUCAUCUGACGUUUUCGUUAGUUACUCUUCUGGUUCUCAGUCUCCUUCUAGUCCUCCAGAAGGGGGGAAAUAUACCCCCACCUCACUGUUUGUUUGUUUUUUAAAGUUAAUCAUUAAAAAUAAUGUUUUACUAAUGAUCCAAGUUGAAUUUAAGUGAAA